AUGGGCAAGCCAAAAACAAUUGAUGCAUUUUUUAAGGAAAAAGAUGCUGAUUCAAAUUCUAAAAUGUCUUCAUCGACAUCCAAUCCUCAAACUUUAGCUCCUGAGCAACGCCCUUCCAAGAUGCCAAGAAUUGAAUCUCAAGUAGUUGAGUCAUUUGACAUUUCUACUCUACAAUAUGAUCCCGGGUUGCGUCCUCAAAUAUGGGAAUGUCCUAUUAAUCAACAAGAUGAAAUUAGAUGUGCUUAUCUUAAAGUCGGUCCGAAUAGGUUCAUUCCUUCUAGAAGUUCUGGAUAUCUGUUUUCGGGAACUGAAAAGAACCGCCGAAGAUCCCAAUCAUCUUGGUAUAAGAUGUUUGAUUGGUUAGAAUCUUCUAAGGACAAAGAUACUGCUUAUUGUUUACCCUGCUUUCUUUUUGCUAAAAAGCCAACGGGGUGGUUUGGAGGAAAUGGGCCAUGUUCACCUCAUAAUAAUACUGUUAAGUGUUGUGACAAUUUGAAGAAUCAGUCUCAACAUAUUGAUAAGAGGUCACGUGGCAAUUUUCUUGAGUUGAUAAAACUUGUGUCCAAUUUCAAUGACGAUGUUGCCAAGGUUGUUUUAGAAAAUGCUCCACAAAAUGCAAAAUAUACUUCACCUCAAGUUCAAAAAGAUAUUUUACAUGUCUUAGCAAAAAGAGUGCAAGAUGCAAUUCGUGAAGAAAUUGAACGCUUCUUUGAUAUUGUCCAAGUUAAAGAUACAUCGGCAUUGACUUUAAAGGAUAAAAUAUCUGAUGUUCUUUCUCAAAACUGUCUUGAUAUUCAAAGCAUUCGUGGACAAGGGUAUGACGGUGCUAGCAAUAUGUGUGGCGAAUGGAAAGGAUUGCAAGCAUUAUUUUUUAAUGAAUGUUCUUGUGCAUCCUAUGUUCAUUGUUUCGCACAUCGAUUACAAUUAGCAUUAGUUACUGCAUCUCGAGAGGCAAUUGUUGUUCACGAUUUCUUCUCAAAUUUGAAUUUCAUUAUCAAUGUGGUUAGUGCUUCAUGUAAACGUCAUCGUGAUCUGCAAGAUGCUCAAAAAGCAGAUAUCACAUAUUUGAUAGCUAUUAAUGAACUUGAAACUGAAAAGGGAGCUAACCAAAUUAGCACUUUGAAACGAGCUGGUAAUUCUCGUUGA